ACAGUCUAAUCGUCGCCGCAGUAGGACAAGAGACGCAUCGAGAAAAAAGAGGUCCUCUUCUUUUUUUGAACAAUCUCAGUCCUGCAGACGACGGGAAAUCGUCAUAGAUGACGGCUCACAGGUACGACCUCACCGCGUCCUAGUGCCAGCCACACUCUUCGAUCGACUCUCUCGCAGGCGUCAAAGUGAUAUACAUACACAGAGACAGGAAGGAGAAGAGAAAGAGAGAAAGAUAGCCUAUAAGUAGCGGUACAUAUAAAACGAGGGCGAUAUACAGCAGCAGAGGAGGGAAAGAGAGUCGACCGAAUGACAGGCGACAAGACCAACGUGGAAGCUAACCUCCAGGAGGACAAUGUUCCGCCGCCUGCGCCGCGGAAGAUCCGCCACCGUUCACGGAUUCUGGGGCGACUUCUGCUGGCUCGUCGUUGUCCGGUUCUUUCAUCUCUGUCGGCUUCUCGCGGAGGAUCGUUACCCAUGUGGAAGUCAACGGUUGCUCGGUCCACCCUCAGGUAACGUUAAGGAAGAAGCGGCGUCGACGAGGAGCACAGUCGAGGAAACAGCCAAGGAGGUCGAUAAAUUGUCGUCAUCAUCAUCAUCAUCGUCGGCGAGUGAAAAGACGAUGGCAGAACCGGUGAGUUUUGUCCUGGGCGAGACGGAGGAUGACGCCGGCGGUGAGGAGCUGGCCGAGACGGGGGACAGUUUCCCCGGGGACAAGCUCCAGCAUCAGACCAGCCAACAGGGACAGCAGAGUUUGCCCAAUGGCCUAGCCGAGCGGCGCAGACGCCUCAGGCCCAGCAUGUCGCAGGGCACGGUGAUGAUCCAGGCGCAGAGUCGGCUCACGGAGAAGGACUUCACCGUCGCUACACCCGAGGAGUUCGUGCAUCGAUUCGGAGGCACUCGCGUCAUCACUAAGGUCCUGAUCGCCAACAACGGCAUCGCGGCUGUGAAAUGCAUGCGAUCAAUCCGUCGCUGGUCCUACGAGAUGUUCAAGAACGAGAGGGCCGUCCGCUUCGUCGUUAUGGUCACCCCGGAGGAUCUGAAGGCCAACGCGGAGUACAUAAAGAUGGCGGACCAGUACGUGCCGGUUCCCGGAGGCAGCAACAACAACAACUACGCGAACGUAGAGCUGAUCGUCGACAUAGCCAACAGGACGCAGGUUCAGGCCGUCUGGGCCGGCUGGGGUCACGCCUCGGAGAACCCGAAACUGCCCGAGCUUCUGCACAAGAACAACGUCACCUUCAUCGGACCCUCGGAGAGGGCCAUGUGGGCUCUGGGUGACAAGAUCGCGUCGAGCAUCGUCGCGCAGACGGCCGACGUGCCGACGAUGGCCUGGUCGGGCUCGGAUCUCAAGGCCCAGUACAGCGGCAAGAAGAUCAAGAUCUCGUCGGAGCUGUUCAAGAAGGGUUGCGUCGCGACCGUCGACGAGGCUCUUUCCGCAGCUCACAAGAUCGGCUACCCGAUCAUGGUGAAGGCUAGCGAGGGUGGCGGUGGCAAGGGUAUCAGGAAGGUGGAGAACGCCGAGGAACUGCCCUCGCUCUUCAGGCAGGUGCAGGCCGAAGUUCCUGGCUCGCCGAUCUUCAUCAUGAAGCUCGCCAAAUGCGCCAGGCAUUUGGAGGUGCAGCUGCUGGCCGACAAUUACGGGAACGCGAUAUCGCUCUUCGGACGCGACUGCUCCAUUCAGAGGAGGCAUCAGAAGAUUAUCGAGGAGGCGCCCGCGGUCAUUGCCAAGCCCGACGUCUUCGAGGAGAUGGAGAAAGCUGCGGUACGGUUGGCCAAGAUGGUGGGCUAUGUGAGCGCGGGAACAGUCGAGUACCUGUACGACACGUCGGGUAGGUACUACUUCCUUGAGCUGAAUCCCAGGCUGCAAGUCGAGCAUCCCUGCACAGAGAUGGUGUCGGACGUUAACCUGCCCGCGGCUCAGCUUCAGGUCGCCAUGGGUUUACCUCUUCACAAUAUCAAGGACAUCAGGUUGAUGUACGGAGAGAGUCCCUGGGGUGACACCAUCAUCGACUUCGAUCAGCCCAGGCACAAGCCUCAGCCGUGGGGUCACGUUAUAGCUGCUAGAAUCACCAGUGAGAACCCCGACGAGGGUUUCAAGCCCAGCAGCGGUACGGUCCAAGAGCUGAACUUCCGCUCGUCGAAGAACGUGUGGGGUUACUUCUCCGUGGGAGCCUCCGGAGGUCUGCACGAGUUCGCUGACUCGCAGUUUGGUCACUGCUUCUCCUGGGGAGAGGAUCGGCACCAGGCGCGCGAGAACCUUGUCAUUGCUCUGAAAGAACUGAGCAUUCGUGGUGACUUCCGUACGACCGUCGAGUACCUCAUCACUCUGCUCGAGACCGAGUCCUUCCAGACGAACAACAUCGACACCGCCUGGCUGGACGCGCUCAUUGCCGAGCGCGUGCGCAGCGAUAAGCCCGACGUCCUGCUAGCUAUUACCUGCGGCGCGCUUCACAUUGCCGAGAACACCAUCAACGCGGCCUUCAGUGGAUUCCAAACGUCUCUGGAACGCGGACAGAUACAGGCUUGCAUUGACCUCGACAACGUCGUCUACAUCGAGCUCAUCAACGAUGGCUUCAAGUACAAGGUCCAGGUGACCAAGUCGGGUCCCAACAGCUACUUUCUGGUUAUGAACGGAUCCUACAAGGAGGUGGAGAUACACAGACUGUCGGACGGGGGUCUUCUUCUCUCCCUCGAUGGAGGCAGCUUCACGACCUACAUGCGCGAGGAGGUCGAGCGUUACCGUGUCGUCAUCGGCAACCAGACCUGCGUCUUCGAAAAGGAAAACGACCCGUCGCUGCUGCGCUGUCCGUCGGCUGGUAAACUCAUCAACUACCUCGUCGAAGACGGUGGCCACGUAGAAGCCAAUCAGGCCUAUGCCGAAAUCGAAGUCAUGAAGAUGGUAAUGAACGUCACGUGUUCCGAGCCUGGCACGCUCUUCUACGUCAAACGACCUGGUGCCGUACUCGAGGCUGGUAGUCUCAUAGCCCGCCUUGAACUCGACGACCCGUCGCUCGUCACUAGGGCUCAGGACUACAACGGCCAGUUCCCCGGUCCCAGCAGUACCGCCGUACCCGAGAAACUGAAUCACCUUCACGCCAAGUACCGUGCUGCUUUGGAGAACUGCUUGGCCGGCUACUGUCUACCCGAGCCCUAUCACCUACCCAGACUACGCGAGCUGGUCGAGAAGUUUAUGGGAUCGUUGCGAGAUCCCUCGCUGCCGCUCCUCGAACUCCAGGAGGUCAUAGCGUCGAUUUCAGGUCGCGUACCGCUCAGCGUAGAGAAGAAGAUCCGCAAACUCAUGACCUUGUACGAGCGCAACAUCACAUCUGUGCUCGCUCAGUUCCCAAGCCAGCAGAUUGCCGCCGUGAUCGAUGGCCACGCCGCUACCUUAUCGAAACGAGCCGAGCGCGACGUCUUCUUCCUGACGACCCAGGCGAUCGUGCAGCUGGUGCAACGCUACCGCAACGGCAUCCGCGGUCGCAUGAAGACGGCGGUGCACGAGCUACUGCGCCAAUACUACACCGUCGAGGUGCACUUCCAGCAGGGUCACUACGACAAGUGUGUUACUGCCCUCGUCGAGAAGUACAAGGAUGACAUCAGCCAAGUCACCGGAACGAUCUUCAGUCACAUUCAGGUCCUCAAGAAGAACGUGCUCGUCACGAUGCUGAUCGACCAUCUCUGGGCCAACGAGCCGGGUCUGACGGACGAGCUUGCCUCGACUCUGACUGAAUUAACGAGCCUCAACAGACAGGAGCACAGCCGCGUAGCGCUGCGCGCUCGUCAGGUACUGAUCGCUGCCCAUCAACCGGCCUACGAGCUCCGACACAACCAGAUGGAGUCCAUCUUCUUGUCGGCGGUCGACAUGUACGGUCACGACUUCCACCCGGAGAACCUGCAAAAACUCAUUCUGUCCGAGACCUGCAUCUUCGACAUUCUCCACGACUUCUUCUACCAUUCUAACAGGGCGGUCUGCAACGCUGCCCUCGAGGUCUAUGUUCGUCGGGCCUACAUCAGUUACGAGCUGACCUGUCUACAGCAUCUCGAGCUAUCGGGUGAACUGCCGCUCGUGCACUUCCAGUUUAUGCUGCCGAGCAAUCACCCCAACAGACAGAACCACUCGCUGGUGAAUCACCGAACCGGAGCGAUGGCCGCUUUCAAGGACCUCGCUCAGUUCUCACAGUACGCCGAUGAAAUUCUCGAUCUCCUCGAGGACCUGUCAUCUCCCACCUCCCUCUCGGCCAAAGUUCUCGAAGCCGUCGAAUCCGCUGUCGGUGGCAGCGAGUCUCGUCACAGUACCUCCAUAAACGUGGACCAGAACGCUCAGCCUCCGCAGCAGGUCGAAGCCCAGAAAUCUGAACCCGUGCAUAUUCUCAGCAUUGCCGUGCGCGAAGAGAGCAACCAUGACGAUGCCACCAUGGCCCGUCUCUUCGGCGAGUGGUGCGCCAGCAACCGCGACGAGCUCACAGACCGAGGUAUCAGGCGUGUGACUUUCGCCGCGCUGAAGAAGCGACAGUUCCCCAAGUUCUUCACUUUCCGUCAGCGCGACAACUUUGUGGAGGACAGGAUCUACCGCCACCUCGAGCCCGGCUGCGCGUUCCACAUCGAACUGAAUCGCAUGCGCACCUACGACCUGGAGGCACUGCCGACCUCCAACCAAAAGAUGCACCUCUACCUCGGCCAGGCGAAGGUGGCAAAGGGUCAACAGGUCACGGACUACCGCUUCUUUAUCCGCUCGAUCAUUCGACACUCGGAUCUCAUCACAAAGGAGGCCAGCUUCGACUAUCUGCACAACGAGGGCGAGCGGGUAUUGCUCGAAGCGAUGGACGAACUCGAGGUUGCCUUCUCACACGCGCUGGCUAAACGCACCGACUGCAAUCACAUCUUCCUGAACUUCGUGCCGACGGUCAUUAUGGACCCAGCGAGAAUCGAGGAGAGCGUCACGAGUAUGGUACUGCGCUACGGCCCCAGACUCUGGAAACUCAGAGUCAGACAGGCCGAGAUCAAGAUGACCAUCAGGCCGGCGCCCGGAAAGCCCACUUCCAACGUCAGACUCUGCAUUUCUAACGACAGCGGAUACAGUAUCGACCUGCAUCUGUAUGCCGAGGCUACCGAUCCCAAGACCGGUGUGAUUAGGUUCGAGUCGUACUGUCCGAGCAAUAGCAACACCCUCAACUGGAGGCCCGGACCGAUGCACGGUUUGCCCAUUUCCACGCCGUAUCUCACGAAGGACUAUCUGCAGGCCAAGAGAUUCCAGGCGCAGAGUGCUGGAACUACUUACGUCUAUGAUUUGCCUGAUAUGUUCCGGCAGCAGAUUGAGAAGGCCUGGGCUAAGCACGUCGAAGAAGCCGCUGCUCUUAAUGAGCAAGUGACCAUACCUAAUCCCGUCAUGGACUGCGUCGAGCUGGUUUUGGAAGGCGAGAAUCUCGUUGAGCAGAAACGAUUGCCAGGGGAGAACGACGUUGGUAUGAUUGCUUGGAGAUUAACGCUCUACACAUCGGAGUGUCCAAAUGGCCGAGACAUCAUUCUUAUCGCCAACGAUCUGACGUGUUUCAUCGGUUCUUUUGGGCCGAAAGAGGAUCUGCUUUUCUACAGGGCGUCGGAGAAAGCGCGGCAGCUUGGCAUUCCCAGAGUCUACUUUUCGGCUAAUGCCGGUGCUCGUAUUGGGCUUGCGGAAGAAGUGAAAGGUCUGUUCCACAUAGCGUGGGAAGACAAACAGGAUCCGGAAAAGGGAUUCAAGUACAUAUAUCUGACACCAGACGAUUAUGCUCGCAUCGGGCCGCUGAAUUCGGUAAAGGCGAGCUUGAUCGAGGACGAGGGUGAGUCGCGUUACAAACUCACCGACAUUAUUGGACAGCAGGAUGGACUCGGUGUUGAGAAUCUCAAAUACGCCGGUUUGAUUGCCGGUGAAACGUCGAGAGCGUACGACGAGGUGGUGACGAUAUCCGUGGUAUCCUGCCGCGCUAUUGGCAUUGGCUCGUACCUCGUUCGUCUCGGCCAGCGUGUCAUCCAGAUCGAGAACUCGCAUAUCGUCCUCACAGGUUACAGAGCCUUGAACUCCGUGUUGGGUCGCGAGGUCUACGCUAGCAACAACCAACUCGGUGGCAUUCAGAUCAUGCACAACAAUGGCAUAUCGCACGCGGUAGAGCCGCGCGACCUGGACGGUAUUUCCACAGUCCUCAGGUGGCUGAGCUACGUGCCAGCUGUUAAAGGCGCGCCACUGCCUGUUAGCCCUAUCAUUUCCGAUCCGAUCGACAGAGAAAUCAUGUACUUGCCUACCAAGGCGCCUUACGACCCUCGGUGGAUGCUGGAGGGUAGGCCGCUGCCUUCCGACGCCAACGUUUGGGAGAGUGGAUUCUUCGACAAAGGAUCAUGGGCGGAGAUCAUGAGGCCUUGGGCUCAAACGGUGGUCACGGGUAGAGCGAGACUCGGCGGUAUACCCGUCGGUGUGAUAGCCGUAGAGACGCGCACCGUAGAGCUUCACUUACCAGCUGAUCCAGCAAACUUGGACUCGGAGGCUAAGACUGUUUCACAAGCCGGACAAGUCUGGUACCCCGACAGUGCCUACAAGACGGCUCAGGCCAUCAAAGACUUUGGCAAGGAAGAGCUGCCUCUGUUCAUAUUUGCCAACUGGCGUGGUUUCUCCGGUGGCAUGAAAGACAUGUACGAGCAGAUCAUGAAGUUUGGUGCCUACAUCGUCGAUGGGCUACGCGAGUACACGCGACCAAUUUUCGUGUACAUUCCACCCAAUGGUGAAUUGAGGGGAGGAGCCUGGGCCGUAGUCGACCCGUUCAUCAAUCCGCAGUGUAUGGAGAUGUUCGCGGAAACAACGAGUCGCGGUGGCGUGCUCGAACCCGAGGCUAUCGUCGAGAUCAAGUUCCGACAGAAGGACAUCCUGAAAACGAUACAGCGCGAGGAUGAGAUUGUCCAACGUCUCAAGGAGAAGAUCGCGGCGCUCGGCUCGACUUGCGGUCCCACCGAGGAGAAGGUCGCGCUCGAGGCUGAGCUGCAGACGCGUGAGCACCAGCUCGAACCCAUGUACCACCAGGUAGCGGUACACUUUGCCGACUUGCACGACACUCCCGAGCGAAUGCUCGAGAAGGGCUGCAUCAACGAGAUCGUGCCCUGGCGUAACGCGCGUCGCUUCUUCUACUGGAGACUGAGGCGCCGGCUGCGCGAAGACCAGCUGCGCCGACAGAUCUUAGAGACACAACCCGAGCUGGGUGAGCGCCAGGUCGAGGCGAUGCUGCGUCGCUGGUUUGUCGAAGACAAGGGAGCUACAGAGUCCUACCUGUGGGACAACGAUGAGGCAGCGUCCAAUUGGAUGGAGAAACAGAUUACACUCGAUAACAGUGUGUUGCUGCGUAACAUGUCCUGCGUGAAGAAGGACGCGGUCGUCAGUAGGAUAAAGAAAGAGCUCGAGGCUUGUCCCGAGGUCAGGCUGGACGCCGUCCUGGAGAUGGCUCACAGGCUGGUGCCCCAGGAACGAGCGGAGUUGCAGCGAUCACUGGCCCAACUGGAGUCACCGGCCAACCAGGAGUCGGGCACCGAUUCGAGCUCGUCGUCCUCGCCCUAGUGCCACCCGCCCGGACGCGGGACCAUACUUUUUUUUAUAGCUCUCUUUCUCCAUCUUUGUAACUUAGUUCGCGCCCAUCCUCUCCCGCAUUUCUCCGCUGGAAUGGAGACUAAAUAAACGAAUGGGAAGCUCAUUCUUACCUAUACAUACACGCCGUUCACUUGUUUAGAGUUAGAAUCUUGUAUGGAGGGUUAUGGAACUAGAGAAAUUGAUUACCAAGUAUACUUCGAUUGUUCCGUGGAGUAUAUUGAAAACACAUUCUUGUUCCACUUCCAUUCUUUGGCGUAUGAUUUCUUCCUCGCUAGACGAUGCUAAUAUACGAGAAACUUGUUAAGGGCCCGCUCAGUUGGAAUCCAACUGAGACGCGCCUCGCCCAGACAUUGAUUUUAGACUUGUAUAUGCGUUGUGAGAUGUGGGGAAGAAAAUUGAUCUGUAUAGACGGAAAGUGCCAGACCACUGUGUGAAUCGCUAACGUUAAGUGUAGAUGUCCGGGAGGUCGGUCAUCCGGCGCGCUGAUCGGGCACGAUUCCAAAAACAAUUAGAGUAGUAGAGUAAUGUAAGUUUACCUUAUAAAUGUCAUAUAUGUAUAAAGGGAGUUUUCCUCGUGGCACAAUUGAAAAAAAGUAUACUUUUAUAAUAGUCAAUAUAUGAAUUUUAGUUAUUAAUACUAAUUAAAACUGAUGCUACUACUGUUAAUUUGAAUAAGAUUGUGGUAAUUACUGUCACUCUUUUUAUUACUAUAUUAUUUUUACAACUAGUGUUAUCUGUUAUCGUUGUUGUUAUUGUUGUUAUUGUCGACGAUCGAAUGUUGCGAAAAAAAGAUAUUCUUGACACGUCGAUAUAUCGAAGAGAGCUAUGCGCACGGCAUUCGGAUCGACUCGCAAUAAUCAACGAAAUCUUUGUAUAUGCCUUAAUCAGUAGAUACGUAAACAUAAGUUAUCAAUAUAAUUUCACCUCAAUUUUUGCUGAAUAAAAUUUAUUCACUUUUCAA